CACCCAUUUAAACUUUCGCCAUCAAGUACUUUCCAGCGGAUGUGGAAACGAACGAACGCACCAAUUGAAAAUUUAAUUGAAUCGCUUUGCUGCGACCGCCGUGCAAAGCGCUUCCACAGUGCACUGAGCAUUCGCAACCCAGACAUUAAUUUGCUUUUUUUCUCCCUUUUCUCAUUUCACGCAUCACCUGGAAAUUCUGCUGGAAAAUUCACCACAUCUCCUCGAGCAGCCGGUUUAAAAUAUACGGACAACCAACGGGUGAUCAUCCACGUCAAGGACGUGAACGAUGAGCCACCGUAUUUCAUCAACCGACCGCUACCGAUGCAGGCCGUAGUCCAACUGAAUGCCCCACCAAACACCCCGGUGUUCACGCUUCAGGCACGAGAUCCGGACACCGAUCACAACAUUCACUACUUUAUCGUGCGUGAUCGAACCGGCGGUCGGUUCGAGGUCGAUGAACGAUCCGGUGUUGUGCGGACGCGUGGUACCGAUCUGUUCCAGCUUGAUAUGGAAUACGUUCUGUACGUGAAGGCUGAGGAUCAGAAUGGAAAGGUAGAUGAUCGGCGCUUCCAGAGCACACCGGAGGAACGGCUCUCGAUUGUGGGAGGCAAACGGGCACCGCAGUUCUAUAUGCCGAGUUAUGAGGCUGAAAUCCCGGAGAAUCAGAAGAAGGAUUCAGAUAUCAUCUCGGUGAAAGCGAAGUCGUUUGCCGAUCGAGAGAUUCGUUAUACACUGAAGGCCCAAGGUCAGGGUGCUGGUACGUUCAAUAUCGGUCCCACAUCGGGCAUUGUGAAACUGGCGAAAGAGUUGGAUUUUGAAGAUCUGAGACAACCGCACGUCUACUCAUUGGUGGUGACUGCGACGGAAGAUUCCGGCGGGUUUUCCACGUCAGUGGAGCUAACAAUCCGCGUCACCGACGUCAAUGACAAUGCGCCCAAAUUCGAACUGCCCGACUACCAGGCGCACAACGUAGACGAAGAUAUCCCACUGGGAACCAGCAUCCUGAAGGUAAAGGCUAUGGACGCUGACUCCGGUGCGAACGCCGAAAUCGAGUAUCUAGUGUCGGACGAUCACUUUGCCGUCGAUUCGAACGGCAUCAUCGUUAACAAUAAGCAGCUAGAUGCGGACAACAAUAACGCUUACUAUGAGUUUGUCGUCACGGCAAAAGACAAGGGCGAACCGGCCAAGACGGGAACGGCCACUGUUCGUGUCUAUACCAAGAACAAGAACGACGAGGAACCCAAAUUCUCACAGCAGGUGUACACUCCGAAUGUGGACGAAAAUGCUGGGCCGAACACGCUGGUCACGACCGUGGUCGCAUCCGAUAAGGACGGUGACAAUGUGCGGUUCGGUUUUGUCGGUGGUGGUACUAGCAGUGGCCAGUUCGUGAUUGAGGAGAUCACCGGUGUAAUUCGGUUGCAUAGCAAGGGAAUUUCACUCGACCGUGACAAGUAUGAGCUGAAUGUGACAGCUAUGGAUGAUGGAUCGUGCUGUAUCAAUGGGGAUGCGACGAUCCACACAUCUACAGCUGUCGUCGUGGUGUUCAUAACGGACGUAAAUGACAAUAAGCCGGUGUUUAAGGACUGCGGGACGUACUAUCCCAAGGUGGAGGAAGGUGCUCCGAAUGGGAGCCCUGUGAUAAAGGUUCAGGCCACUGACGAGGACAAGGGUGUUAAUGGACAGGUCAAAUAUUCGAUUGUCCAGCAACCCAAUCAGAAGGGAACCAAGUUCACGGUGGACGAAGAAACGGGCGAGGUGUCCACGAAUAAGGUGUUCGAUCGCGAAGGCGAUGACGGCAAGUUUGUAUCCGUCACGGUGAAGGCUACCGAUCAGGGUGAACCUAGCCUGGAAGGUGUCUGCUCCUUCACGGUGGAAAUAACCGAUGUGAAUGAUAAUCCGCCUCUGUUUGAUCGACAGAAAUACGUCGAAAACGUCAAACAAGAUGCCAGCAUCGGAACGAAUAUUCUGCGUGUGUCGGCCUCCGAUGAGGACGCAGACAACAACGGAGCAAUCGUUUACACCCUGAGUGCUCCGCAUAGUCCGAACGACCUGGAGUACUUUGAGAUUCAGCCAGAGUCCGGCUGGAUUGUUCUGAAGAAGCCGCUAGACCGCGAAACGUACAAACUGGAGGCGAUGGCCCAAGACAAAGGAUACCCGCCGCUGUCACGUACGGUCGAGGUGCAGAUCGACGUCGUCGAUCGGGCUAACAACCCACCGGUGUGGGACAACACAGUUUAUGGUCCGAUUUACGUGAAGGAAAAUAUGCCGGUCGGUGGAAAAGUCGUUUCCAUUAAAGCCAGCUCCGGCAUCGAAGGAAACCCCACCGUAUUACCGGCUGAUGCCGGGUUCGACGGCGCAGACCAACAAGUUGCACACGUUCUACCUGCAGCAGCGACCCGACAACGGCGACACGUGGGCGGAUAUAAAAGUCAACCAUCCGCUCGAUUUCGAAACGAUAAAGGAGUACAAUCUCACCGUGCGAGUCGAGAACAACGGCGCCCAGCAGCUGGCAUCGGAAGCGACUGUUUACAUACAAUUAGAGGAUGUAAACGACGAAAUUCCGCUAUUUACCGAACGUGAACAGGAAACGGUUCUCGAGGGGGAACCGAUCGGCACAAAGGUUACGCAGGUGAACGCCAUCGACAAAGACGGAACAUUCCCGAACAACCAGGUCUACUACUACAUCGUCGAUUCGCCUCGUAACGAAGGAAAGGAUUUCUUCGAAAUUAAUCUUCAGAGCGGUGAAAUAUUCACCAAAGUAGUGUUCGAUCGAGAGAAGCAGGGAGCCUACGCGUUGGAAGUGGAAGCCC